AUGCAUCCGGGCGGCCGGCGGGAGGAAGCUGCGGCCGGGGGCGCCCUGCGGCGGGCUCCUGCUCUGGGGGGCGGUGCCGGGGCGGGCCAGCCUGUUCCUUGUGAAGUGGUGGGGGAUGGAGAGGAGGACGCGGGGGAGGACGAGGCCGACCUGCUGGACGCUUCGGACCCUCCGGCGGGAGGCGAGAGCGCGGCUAGCGUGGAGGACCUGGAGGACGAAGAGACCCACUCGGGGGGCGAGGGCGGCAGCGGGGAGGCCCAGAGGCGGGCGAGCGGCGGGGGCAGCCAGUGCAAGACCUGCACUUACGAGGGCUGCAGCGAAACCACGAGCCAGGUGGCCAAGCAACGCAAGCCGUGGAUGUGCAAGAAACACCGCAACAAGAUGUACAAGGAUAAGUACAAAAAGAAGAAAAGUGACCAGGCCCUGAAUUGCGGUGGAGCCGCCCCGGCUGGCAGUGCGGGGAACGUCAAACUGGAGGAAACUACAGAUAGCAUUCUCUCAAUUGUUAAACAAAGAACAGGAGCGUUGGGGGAUCGUCCUGCAAGACCUACACUUUUAGAACAAGUGUUAAAUCAAAAAAGACUGUCAUUAUUAAGAAGCCCAGAAGUGGUGCAGUUUUUACAGAAACAACAACAGCUAUUAAAUCAGCAAGUUUUGGAGCAAAGACAGCAGCAGUUUUCAGGACCAUCAGUGUGA